GGGUCACCUUUGGUGGGUGUCAAUUCGGCCCCCACGGGAGUUGUUACAUCGGCGACUGUGGCACGAUCACCAGAACUCAGCAAGGCCUACUUGACAGGAGCCCCAAUGCACCACAAUCUAGAAGCGAAUGGUGUGAAACGGAAAGAGUCAUUACAAGAAGUAUCCCGAGUGACAGACCUUUCCAAUUUAGGGAAGCUAGCUGUUGUUGGAUCUCAACACGUAACCUGGUUAGUAGUUGGGCAAGACUGACUUCAGUGGAUUUGGGAUCACGAUCUGACACUGGAGAACCAAACCGAUCACCAGACAUUGCCAUUCUACCGUUCCUACGAGUUCCCCAGAACUGCCCACGGACAUACAAACUGAUUUCUUUUGAUCCUGAUGGCGACAAAGUUCGAUGCAGAUAUGGAAAUAGCGCCAAUAAUGAGUGUGGCUCUUGUAACCAACCUUCAGGCUUUGUCUUAGAUCAGGGCUCUUGCACAUUACACUACCGCUUCUCCAAUGCCGACCCCAGAGUUUUUGGAUUUGAGUUGGUGGUGGAGGACUUCCCACAGAGGCACAUCACUCUGACCUACACUGAUGGAUCCUCAUCCUCCAAGGCUCCACUGACUAUGAGGAGAAAGAGGCGAGCCAUUGGACAUGUAGCACCAACUACAACUACAACCACAACUACAACCACUGUAGCGUACAUUGCCACCACUCCUCCUCUCAGUAAACUACCUUUGCAAUUCUCCUUUCUUGUGGACCCACCUGCUCCCUCAUGCCAGGAGGGACAUUACUUGCCAAAGUUUGUGCACCCAACACCUGAAAAUGGAGAACGUCUCGUAGCAGAGGUCGGCAAAGAAUUUGAGAUCAGAGUCAAAGCACAAGCUGCAUACGCAACAAUACAGGAUAUCAUCUUCAGUGGGCCACUGAAUAUCAGCAAGCACAGGACCACACAUGGCGAGUUUGUCAUUAGGUGGACGCCUAUCGCAGAUGACCAGGGAGAUCAUUACGCGAUCUGCUUUGCUGUUGAAGCAGUGAGCGGGUCUGCUGGAACCACCGUUCACACCAACGCAUACCAUUACGGUAAUCACCACCACACCCCAUCUUCACAGUCUGGCAUCUAUCAGUCCGAGAUGAGGUGUGUUCUGGUGGAAGUCCAGAAUAACCACGUUAACUCCCAUGUGAUCUGCAAUGAGUCAUCAAUGACAAUAGUGGUUGAGAAAUCUUCAUUCCGUGGACUCCAUGAGGAUCAUUUACAGCUCAGUGACCCCUCCAACAUCGCCUGCAGCCUCCAGACACACUCCAACAGCACUCACAUCAUCGCUGUCGUCCCCCUCAACGCUUGUGGCACUCAGAUUGAGGAAGAUUAUGAUAACCUAAUUUUCAAGAAUGAAAUCACCACGGUCGACAACAUAACAGACCUGAUCACCAGGAGGCACCUGCUGAGUGUGAAGUUCAAGUGCCAGUACCCCAAACGUGGAAACGUGACACGAAGCUUUACAGCACACAGGGACAAUAUCUGUGUGUGGGAGAAAGGCUUCGGCAGGUUCACCUACCAGUUUGAGUUCUAUCCUGACAGUAAUUUCCAAAUCAUGAGGGAUCCAAAUUCAUACCCUCUAGAGUAUUACGUAGGGAACAGGAUUUACAUGCAGAUAGAGGCCACCUCCUCUGUAGACAACACUGAGCUGUUUGUGGAGUCCUGCACAGCUGCACCAUACGACAACCCAAACUACCGGCCAACCUACUCCAUCAUUGAUAAUGGGUGUAAUGUGGACUCGACUGUUAAAGUAUAUUCCUCCGCCAAUCACACACAGUUCCGGUUCAGCAUAGAGGCCUUCAAGUUCAUCGGCUUGCACGACCAGGUGUACAUCAGCUGUUCAGUCCUGAUGUGUGAAGCAGGGAGCCAUGGCACCAGGUGCUCGAAGGGAUGCAUGAGCAGCUCACCAUGGAGUGGCCGCCGAAAGAGAGAGGCUGUCACUCAGAGUUCAAGGCACUUUCUUUCCCAGGGUCCCCUGCGUUUAAGGAGAUCAGCAGAGAUAAUCGGAAGCCCAGUGAUCAACCUGAAUCUGAACCUGGUAUUCAUCGCUGGAUGUCUUCUUGCAGCCGUUGGCAUGAUCAGUGCAGUGGCCAUUUACAAAACCAAAGUGUCAAAGGUCAAAUACCAACCUUUGACCACAGAUGAAAGUUAAGACAGCGGUGUGUUCAGAAUACAAAUUCUGUAUUAAUUUCAUUUUACUACAUAAAGCUUUUUUGAUUAAUUUUGCUUUCAGAUAUUGAGUGUUCAUAUAUCUAAUUAUGUGCCCAUUUAAAUGAAUUGAUUUCAUAUUGUGACCUUCAGAAAUGUCUACUGCUAUAUAAGAGGAAAUACUUCAGCGAGGAAAAAUCUGUGUCUGUGCAAAGAGGAAAGUAGAAAGGCAGUUUUAUAUUAAUCAACACUGAAAGGAUGAUCAACAAGUACUGCAGAUGCUGGGUGAUUGUUUAAAUGUGGUGUUAACUGUUGUUUACCGUGGAAUCCCAUGCUAUUAUAUAAUACAGUAUGAUUUAAAAUAAGUAUCUUGAUUGAUAUGUGUAGUCCUACCCAAUCAUAAUCAUUCCUUUAUAUGCCAAAAGCCCUUUACGAAUAGACCAAAGUAGCUUAUGAUUCACUUGCUUAAUGGAUCAAUAAAAACAUAUAUUCUCUUCCAUA